GAAAGGAGAAAGUAGGAGAACCUCAUGGAAAGGAGAAAGGAGGAGGAGAACCACAGGGAAAGGAGAAAGGAGGAGGAGAACCACAGGUAAAGGAAAAAGGAGGAGACCCACAGGUAAAGGAGAACGGAGGAGGGGAACCACAGGGAAAGGACGACAAGCGAAAGAAGUGCAGGAAAAGGGUGAGGCUCAGGGAGGGACACGGCAAAGGAGAGAGAGCAGAGUUGUUCCAGAGACUACCUGUGCUGUCUAAAUCUAAAACAGUUGCUCAAAAGCCUAGCUCGCUGACAACUUCCCCCAGUACCCAUGAAGAGCAAGUUCCUUCCAACUGUUCAGGGAUUGGAACCGGAACCAUUCUGCAACCCCCGCCGUCGGGUCAUCCACAGAACUCCAGUCCAAAAAGAUCUGGAGAGACCGAAUCAGACAGAGACCCAUUGAGACCCCCUGCUGUCAAGCGGACCCCCUCCAAGGGUCGGGCACCCACUGUGUGUCUCAAGAAGUUCCAAGAACUCCUGAAGCACAGGCACCAAAAGACGAGGAAGUCCACCAAAAGCAAGGAGACAAAAGAAAGUGAAACUGAAGUUCAGAAACAAAGUGAAAGAAAAUUAUUGAAACCCAACGAAAGUGACAACGGUCAAAAUGAAUCAAGACUGAUGAACAAAAACACAAGUUCCUCCCAGUCUCUAGAAAGAGAGUCGGCCAUUAGACCAACCGUUGAUAAUGACGAUCAGACCAACCGAACAGAGAGCGACCAUCCAGAGGAAAAAGAUGGAGGACACGACAGCAGCACUUGUGGACAGGAGACGGAGUAUCAAGAUCUCAUCUACAAAGAGACUGAAAGAGAAAACGUUGAGGAUGGAGAACAUUUUGAGAACAGAGAAAACGUUUUAGACGGGGAAAACGUGGAUGCGUCAGGAGACUUUUUCAAACUCCGAGAGGAGCUGGCUACCUUGUCAGUUUUAUCGAUGACAAGGACAAAGGAAAUGGUGGAUCCUCAUCGGAGCGACAAAGGCAACAAGGAUGGAAGAUAUCUGGUUUCCAAGGAGAACAGAGAGAGGGAAACAGACUCGUCUACAGAGACAAACAAGAAGACCGAAAAGGGAAAAGGAUCCGUGGUGGAGGCGUAUAGGAGAAGUUUGAUCAUCCAAGAGGUGGAGGAGAAAAUGGAGGAUGGGUAUUUGGAGAUGGAGAUCUCCAGCGAGGAGUUGGAUGUGGUUGAUGAGGUCCAGCAGACGUUGGGCUACGCCGGGGCUGAGGAAGUGAGUGGGGAAGAGGAGGAGAUAGAUGUAGAGGAGAUGGGUCCAACGAUGUAUCCUGAUGCAGCUUGGCAAGAGGUUCCCGGCGCCAGAGAAGUGGACCAAGCGAGUUCCACCAUGGCCAGCUUCAGAGGCAUCACCCACAACCAAAUCCACCUCCCUCAGAAAAUCAAAAUGGCGACCGCUGCCCCCGAGAUGGCCGACGUGAGUAUUCCGACCCCUCUGGAGGCAGAGCCUUUCACGCUGACAUCACGAAGGGUCACCACGGGGUCAACAGGAAGCUGGGAGCCAGAGGAGGAAGAGGACGUGGAGGUGGACGUUCUUGAGUGGUCGCCGGAUGUGCGACCAAGAGUGUGGGGAGUGGGACUUGAGCAAGGCGUCACAGAACUGACCGAGGAAGAAGAGAUAGACGUGAUGGGAGAGGAAACGGACUGACGGAAGUGGUUCUUGAGAGGGAAGGAACAACACACGUGUAUUCCUCAAUCUGAAGGUUAAAUAAGCCGGUGGUCGGGUGUGUUUGUUGGCCGCUGAGAGUGGUCGUUUGGACGGUUCGAUUUUGGAGAGAGUACGG